GUGACUAUCCAAUUACACUCGAGCUUGUGGUUACCAGGAAGUGCAGGACGCCAGAAAGAGGCUCUUCCCAACUCUUUCUAACCUUAAAUUGCAAUUUCCUGUCGUAGCCUUUACAGAAACAGGAUUCUGUUAUCGCGGUCACACAAGUUGCUUCUGUUGCCAGGGUAACGUCGUUCUCAGCACAGUCCACAGCCAGCUCGUUUAAAUGUGACGGCAGGAUUUGCCCAGCUAGCUUGUGCUGCUAACGCAAGUUAAAAAAACAAGAAGAGCGACGAUGCCUCCUGCCACCAGCAGUUAUUAACCUUGUCGUCCCACGGACUGAACGACUUUUUCGCAGAUGAUCGAUAUGACUAACACUGUGUUGCAAGUCGGUACCGGUGUUGUUGUCAUUGUGAUCGUUUGGAUCGCAGCUCUUGUGGUCGGGACCAUUCUGCUGAGAGCCGAUGGAUCGGGAAAGUUAGGAGUCGUCCCCACUACCCUCCUGGCUCUCAUCAUCACUCUGGUGCUGGUGUUCUUCCCUCGGAGCCCAGAGACGCCUCUUCCUUUCAAAGAGAUAGAGAUAGUCGACACCUUCUUCAUUGGCCGCUACGUUCUCCUGGCUGUGGUGGGGACAGUUUUCCUGGUGGCGUUCUUCAUGCUACUGCCCUUGCACUUCCUGGAGCCGGUGCAUGCUAAGGCUUUAAGGACAUACUAGGAGGCCAGCGUCAUUGGCGGCAGCAGGGUCACAUCCCCCCAAGAUACAGAACCCAGGGAAAACAGGGCUGAGGGGGAAGAAAAAGAAUCUCUCCUUGUUGUGAAGGACAGAACUAGAGACUGACACUGCUCUGAAAAUGAAUGAGGAGAGCCAGCAGUCUCUCAAUGAACUUCUGAAACUUCUUACAUCUCUUUUUUUUUUACUUGUAAGUAGCAGUGCUUGUCACAAAUGUAAAUUUUGAAUCAUUUUUUCUCUUAACUUCUAGAGCCAGUUUUCAUCUCCUCUAGAUAAACUAAGAGGUGCUGAGUGUUUAUGUUCUGUUUCUUCUCAGUGUAGAUGGGUGAAGUCCUUCCCUGUCAUACUGGUUCCUUUUUGCCAUGUCUGUUGUUUAUCAAACAUAAACAAAAUAGUAACAGAAAGAUGUGAAUCGCAUUUUGUGGAACCUUAGGUCUUGAAGUACAGCGCCUGUUUAAAGUAUUCACCCUCUUUAAUGUUUAGCCUUUUAUUUCUUUUACAAUGAUAAAUAAAAUGUGACUUUUCUGACAAGAAAGUUUACAAAAACAUC